AUGCUCGAUCUGAAGAAACAAGGAAUAUUAUGCCUGUGGGACAGCGAGGAAAGGCAGAGUUGGGUUCCCAAAGAUUUCGAAAAUGAAAAGAACAUGUCCCGAAGAAAGUUCCAGUUCCGUUGUAGUGGUCAAGAUAUCAAGGCAUUGGUUUGGAAAGAUCGAAAACCAAUACAGUUUCUUUCAAACUUCCAAAAGAUUGAAAAUGUGAACACAGCAUCUCGGAAGUCCAAAGAUGGUUCUCACACAGAAAUUUCGUGCCCAGAUAUUGUAAAGGAUUGCAAUACCUAUAUUGGGCUUGUAGAUAAAUCCGACAUGCUGAAAUCAAUCUAUGAGAUAGAUAGAAAAAAAAACUCUGAAGCAAUUCAAUCUGUAGUUGCUGGUCUAGUUGGAGCAACUUUGUCAUCAACUCCUAAUCGCAAGAGAUCUCAGAUCCAGUAG